AUGUCGGCGCUACAAAGAACGCGGUCUUCGAGUACUGAGGACACCCCACUACUAGGGGGUAUUCCGGGGUCAGAGAUAGCACACGAGCUUCCGACAGAUGAUCCAGAGGCAGCUCAGGAUGGAGUGAAACAGGCCGAGGCCAUUACCAUGGUCUGGUCGAAGAAAUCAUUAGUGACGGCAUACGUUCUAAUGUUUCUCCUGUACUUCGUGAAUGCCUUCCAAUCCUCCAUCACCAGCAAUCUCUCGGCCUUCGUGACCAGCGGCUUUGAAUCGCAUUCCCUAAUCCCCGUCAUCUACAUCGUGUCCAGCGUCAUGUCCUCGGCAACCUAUAUGCCUCUCGCAAAGAUACUGAACGUUUGGGAUCGAUCAAUUGGAUUCUUGAUCAUGGUAGCAUUCGCGACUCUAGGGUUGGUCCUAUCCGCGACAUGCACCGAUAUCACGACGUACUGCAUCUCACAAGUGUUUUACACUAUCGGCUUUUCGGGUAUGAUCUUCAGUAUCGAUGUCAUUACAGCCGAUACGUCGUCGCUACGUGACCGAGGCCUUGCCUACGCGUUUACCUCGUCGCCCUAUAUCAUCACUGCGUUUGCAGGUUCAGCCGCGUCCGAGCGCUUCUAUGCUUAUAACUGGCGAUGGGCGUACGGAAGCUUCGCUAUAAUCCUACCCAUCAUUGCCUUGCCAAUGUUUGGUCUACUGCAGUAUAACAGAUACAAGGCAAAGCGCAAGGGUCUUUUGCCGAGGAAAGAGCGCAGCGGCAGGACAUUUGCCCAGAGCAUCGUCUUUUACGUGAUUGAGCUGGACCUCCUGGGUGUCUUCCUCCUAGCAACAGGUCUAGUACUAUUCCUCCUGCCAUUUACCAUUGCCGGAUCAACAGCGGGCGAAUGGCAAUCCGACUAUAUAACCACGAUGCUUAUUACUGGCAUCGCCUGCCUCGUCGCCUUUGUGCUGGCAGAGCGCUUCAUCGCUCCGGUUCCCUUCCUCCCCUGGGAAUUGCUGGCAUCCAGAACAGUACUCGGAGCGUGUCUCCUAGGAACCUCCUACCAAAUUGCGUACUACUGCUGGAACGAGUACUACACUUCUUACUUGCAAGUGGUCUAUGGAACUUCCAUUUCAACUGCAGGGUACAUCAGCAGCAUCUUCAACGUCAUCUCCGGCAUCUGGCUCUUGGCCGUGGGGUUCCUCAUCAAAAAGACCUCCCGGUUCCGAUGGCUGCUAUUCUGGGCCGUGCCUCUCUAUAUGGUCGGCGUCAGCCUGAUGAUCUACUUCCGCAAACCCGGCUGGUCCGUGGGUUAUCUGAUCCUAUGUCAGGUUCUUAUUGCAUUCGGCGGAAGUACAAUGAUUUGUUGCCAGCAGGUUGCAGUUUCAGCCGCGUCUGAUCAUAACAACAUCGCCUCGGCCCUUGCAUUCCUCGGUGUCUUUGGUUCUAUGGGCGGCGCCGUUGGGAGCAGCAUCUCCGGCGCUAUCUGGACCAACACUCUACCUGAGGCGCUGAAGAGGCUGCUUCCCGAGUCUGCGAAGGCAGACUGGAGAGUUAUCUAUGAGUCACUUGAGAUUCAAUUGAGCUACCCCGUUGGCUCACCAGUCAGAAAUGCCAUUGCUUAUGCGUACGCCGAGACGCAGACGAAGAUGCUGAUUGCGGGUACAGGGAUCAUGGCACUCUCGCUGGUCUGGAUGUUCCUAAUUAAAGACAUCAGGCUCAGCAAAGAUGCUCAGAGUAAGGGGGUUGUGUUUUAG